AUGCUUGAAGGUAAAUUCGACGAAGCUAGUCUUUUAAAAAAAAUCGUGGACUCAGUCAAAGACUGUGUCAAAUUAUGUAAUUUCAAUUGUACUGAACACGGUAUCACCGUUCAAGCAGUUGAUGAUUCAAGAGUUUUAUUGGUUUCUCUUUUAGUUGGUCAAUCUGCUUUCACCGAUUAUAGAUGUGAUAGAGAUAUCACUUUGGGUAUUGACUUGGAUAGUUUCUCCAAAAUUAUAAAAUGUGGUAAUAAUGAAGAUUAUUUAACUUUAUUAGCUGAAGAUUCUCCUGAUAGUGUUAUGACUAUUUUUGAAGAUAAAAAAAAGGAAAGAGUCAGUGAAUAUUCUUUAAAAUUAAUGGAUAUCGAUUCUGAAUUCUUGAAAAUUGAUGAUAUGGAUUAUGAUGGGGUUAUAAAUAUGCCUUCAAGUGAAUUUGCUAAAAUUGUUCGUGAUUUGAAAAAUUUGAGUGAAUCCUUAAAUAUCUUGGUUACCAAAGAAUCAGUUAAAUUCACCUCUGAAGGUGAAUCUGGUACCGGUUCCGUGGUUUUGAAACCUUAUACUGAUGUUGAUCACCCGGAAGAAUCAAUUAAAGUUAAUUUAGAACAACCAGUUGAUUUAACCUUUGGUUUAAAAUAUUUAUCCGAUAUCAUUAAAGCUACCGCUUUGUCUUCAACCAUAACCAUCAAAUUGGCUGAUAAAACUCCUGCCUUAUUUGAAUAUAAAUUAGAUGCCGGUGGUUACUUAAGAUUCUACUUGGCUCCAAAAUUCGAUGAAGAAGAUUAA